AUGUCAUCCGCCUUCCCUAUUUUCUCUCUUCCUUAUAUUCCACUCAAACAAGUUUUAGACAAUUUUGGACCGCAUGCAAUCAUAAACAUCUCUCUGUGCUCUCUGCGAUCAAAAGCAGUAGCAAUUUCAUACAGAGGUUCAUCCAAAGAUGUUCAACUGGAACUCGGAAACUAUUGCUUGCAACGUUAUGAAAAGAUGACCUUCUGUUGGCUUCUGAAUGCAGAAGAAACGUCGAAAAUGCGAAAAGACCGGAUAUUGGAUACAGUAAGAAUUGGAAGUUUUAGAAAUGUUCCAGUUGAAAUGGAAAUGGGAGGAAAGGUUUUGACGACGUACUGGGACGAUAGAAUGGUCGGGCUGCUUGAGAUAGGGAGUUACGCUCGGGAAAUAUUCAAUCAGGACAUCCAUGAAAUAAAUCUUGGUGAAGAACAAGACCUCGGACAAGCGGUCGACUGGAUUACAAAUGUGCAAGGAUCGAUUAAAAGCUUGCAUUGUGAAUUUGAACCCACAAAUGAUAGUGUGCUCGAUUAUGUGUUGACCAAUUGCAAGUACACUGAAAGUCUCUCCCUUCACGUCAAACCAUCGGAUGGUUAUUGCCCUGCCGAAAUGCCUAAUUUUGAUAUAGAUUAUUUAUAUAUUUUACCAAGUUUUUGGAUCAAACAAAAUCAUUUAUUGACGAUGAAUUGUAAGUAUAUCGUGCUUCAAGAUUCCAAAUUGGGCAACAGGGAUAUUAAUAUUUUGGUGCAACAUUGGAUGAAUGGAGGAUGCGUUAAAUUGAAAGAAUUGUUGAUCACUGUUGAAGUAUUGAUCGAUUAUGAAGAGAUAUUGGAAGCAGUGGAACAUACAGUUAGAACUGAAGACACCUUGAGAGAUUAUGUAAAUCAUGAAAACGUUCUCCUCUCUAUCGGAAGCAGUUUUGAUAUCAAGCGAUCGACUGAUGGAACCACGGCGACUAUUGAAGACGACGGUGUAGACUCGAAAUGGUUUUACAUGGCUGUUUGGCCAGACUUCGUUGGUAAUUCAUGCCAUUAG